AAUCGCACCCAGCACCCCAGCCUCUUCUUUUCCACUGUAAACAAGAAGGAACGCCGGCACCGGAAGGAAGAAGAAAGAAGAGGAAAGAAAAAGAAGAAAGCUCUGCUCCACCAGGUCCAGCCUCUUCUUCUCGACUGCAUCUGCUCCACGAACGGUUCACCAUGAACACCCUCUCAUCAUUCACAGCUCUCGACUCCAAUCCACUCUCCAAGCCUCGCUCUUUGGGGCCCCACCACCACGAGCCCAUUCACCUCCAGCGUCCCAGAAAUGUUGUGGUAUGCUCGGUGAAGCCCUCAGUUGCCCCUCCCUCAUCUCUACGUGUGUCUGGGUCCCCCAACCAGGGGCUAAGUCGAAUUGAGUCUCUAACCCAGGUCUCAGGCGUGUUGGGCUGCCAGUGGGGAGAUGAAGGUAAAGGCAAACUUGUCGACAUCUUGGCCCAACACUUUGACAUCGUUGCUCGUUGUCAGGGUGGAGCUAAUGCUGGACACACCAUUUACAAUGCAGAGGGAAAGAAGUUUGCACUUCACCUUGUUCCCUCAGGUAUCCUUAAUGAAGAGACUCUUUGUGUUAUUGGGAAUGGAGUUGUGGUGCAUCUACCAGGUCUCUUUAGGGAGAUUGAUGGCCUUGAAUCUAAUGGAGUCUCCUGCAAGGGAAGGAUAUUGGUCUCUGAUCGUGCUCACCUCUUAUUCGAUUUCCACCAAGUAGUGGAUGGGCUUCGAGAAUAUGAGCUUGCUAAAUCUUUCAUUGGCACUACCAAGAGAGGUAUUGGACCUUGUUACUCUAACAAGGUUAUCCGAAAUGGCAUUCGAGUCAGUGACUUGAGGCACAUGGAUACUUUCCCUCAGAAGCUAGAUCUUCUAUUAUCAGAUGCUGCAUCGAGAUUCCAAGGCUUUGACUAUGGUCCUCAUGUGCUCAAAGAAGAAGUUGAGAAGUACAAGCGAUUUGCUGAGAGAUUGGAACCCUUCAUUGCUGAUACUGUGUUUGUCGUGAAUGAAGCCAUCUCCGAGAAGAAAAAGAUUUUGGUCGAAGGGGGUCAGGCAACAAUGUUGGAUAUUGACUUUGGAACUUACCCCUUUGUAACAUCCUCUACUCCUUCAGCCGGUGGAAUUUGCACUGGUCUUGGCAUUGCUCCCAGAGUUCUAGGCAAUCUGGUUGGAGUGGUGAAAGCAUACACUACAAGAGUUGGUUCUGGUCCUUUUCCCACAGAAAUCUUGGAUAAAGGGGGUGAUCUCCUUAGGUUUGCUGGUCAGGAGUUUGGCACAACUACUGGUCGCCCUCGUCGUUGCGGUUGGCUUGAUAUAGCAGCACUGAAAUACUGCUGUCAGAUUAAUGGCUUUUCUUCUCUCAAUCUCACCAAACUUGACGUUUUGUCGGAUCUUCCUGAAAUUCAGUUGGGUGUUGCCUACAAACAAAUUGAUGGUACACCAAUCAAAUCAUUCCCUGCAGACCUUCGUGAUCUUGAGCAGUUAAAGGUGGAAUAUGAAGUAUUGCCUGGAUGGAAGUCUGAUAUAUCUUCUGUCAGAAACUAUUCUGACCUUCCAAAGGCUGCACGCCAGUAUGUGGAAAGGAUAGAAGAACUUGUUGGCAUACCCGUCCACUACAUUGGUGUGGGGCCUGGACGCGAUGCACUCAUUUACAAAUAAUCAUCACAAUAUUUAUUUCCUUUAGAUUCCAGAUGAUGUUCAAACUAUCAGAAGUAAUACAGAACUUCUGGUGCUGGAGGAAUUUAUUCCCUUUUAUGUCAGAAGCUUUUUUUUGGAAUAGAAUUAAUUGUUCAUGGUUAUGAACAUGAUGCAACGCAUUCUCCACCCGGUGAGGCCACAUGAAGUCUAUGUUGUGUUUAGUGGCUGGGAUAAUAUUUUUUUUCAGUAACCUUAGGUUAGGCAUGGUAGCAACUCUCCGCAGACUUGCUGUAGCUCGACUGAAGGAUCUGUCAAAGAUGUACUUGACACUCAAAUCGAGCUGUGGAAGUGAAUGAAAUGUGGCGACUCUUAAAAGAAAGAUGAAGAUGAGAGCAGAAAUGAGAGAAGCCACAGAGACAGUAACUGUCCGAGAAGCAGUAGCAAGGGGCAUGCUAUGCUGUCGCGGAUGACAACCGUCGCUAGUCCUACCUACUUACUCAUCAAGAAAAAGAGAAUAUGAGAGCUGCCAUGCCAUUCAAGAGGAGAAGAAAAUGGUCUAAGAGAUGUAGUUGAAGAAUUUUUACACAUUUCUUGAUAUGGCAGGGUCAAGCGUUGGAUCAAGGAUGGAUGAAACAGAUCGUUAUCUUGUCCAUUGUCCAGAGAAGCUGACGCAGCACAAGCACAAAGGUUUCAAGCGAAACCUUGAGUAACAAUAAAACUGGAUUCCACCAGAAAAUUAAGAGAAGCUCUCUUGGAAUAAUGUUAUUAAAAACUGAGUUGCCAGAAACAUUAGACAAACCUGUCUAAAUACACAAUUCUCAAC